UAAAUAUUGAUAAGCUCCGAAAUGAACAAAGACUUACAAAAAAGUUAUACAUACGACCAUAGACCAGAUAUUUCUUCAGCCUAUGAUUUACAAGAUUGGAGAGGUCAAGCGAAAUCACAGAGUAAGUUCAUCCAACAGAUCCAAGAGAACGACAAGAAGUUCCAAAGGGAACAAAAAUAACUACCUUAACCAAGAGUAUCAAAGGUCGCUUAAUGAUCAUGAAAUGCAGAAAAUGUUACAGAAAACAGAGAAAAAUGAUGAAAUGAACAAACUGAGACAGCGUUACAAGAAUUAUGAGAAGUUCAGAGACGAAGUAAAAGCUAGCGAAGCCACCAGCAGACAUCAACUAGCCUAUGAGCUAGGCCAGUCAAUCAAGCAUAAAGAGCAUAAAAGGAGCAUUGAGAGGGACCAGGAUGUCUUCCAAGGCCAGAAUCUUGUCAAAAUAGCUCAAAAGAGUUUGCAAAAGGAGAAAAAUGAAAGGGAAAGACUUCUCAAAAAUUAUCGCAAGGAAUUCAAAGAAGAUAUCAAUACCAGGAAUAUGCAGAAGUAAGAUCCAAGAAGAGAUGUACCUGAAAGAAAAAGACGAGCUAAACAGCAUGUUCCUCCAAAGAUCCAUGGACGAGCUCGAUCGCGAGAAAAAGUAUCAGGAACACUUCGUAAAAAUGAACGAACGACAGAUGAAGAGGAACCAAAAUUUGAUCAAACAUUUGAACCGCAGUACCACCGAACUUCGAAAAGAUGAGAUAGAUCACAAGAUUAACGAAGGGUCUCAGGAGUAUCCUCAGCCUGGCUUUAACGAUAGCUACCAAGAUAUCGAAUUCAGAAAUAGCUUCUCAAGAGACAGAACCCAAAACUCCCUCAAUGAAAGGAAGAAGGUAGAAUCCCUCAAGAAGCUGCAAUUCAGGAAGAUCCUGCAGGACCAGAUUAGGCAAAGAAGACAAAGCAAUAACUCUUUCUUUAAGAUUGGCCAGAAUAUUGACUCUAGAACGCUUGGCAAUACUGAUGAGUCUCCUUACAAAGGAAUGGCAAUGAUCCCUGGGAUCAACUCAACAUCCUCGUUUUUAUCAAAGAAACAUUCUAGUGGGAUAGAUGCAACAAUAGAUGAACAUCAGAGAAAAAUGCAAAAGCAUGUGAAUCCAUAUUUCAACAAGAUGAUGCCAAAUAAGCCGAUAGUUAAGCGAAAUAGUAGCAUAAGAAUGAGCUUAAACAAUCUCCGUGAAAUGAAGCCUGCUGAUAAAAUCAACCAAACCCGUAUUUCUAACAAUAAGAGCUCUGGUGACAUUCCUAAGCCCCAUUCAUACACAACUUCUGCCAAAAAGACCUUAAUUCCUGCCUCUAAAGACUCCCUGACCCCUCCAAAUCCCCACAUCCAGGCCCCAGUGAACCCUUCUCACCACAGAAGAGCCUCUUCCUCCCUUGCUGAUCCCAUCCCUGCCCCAAGCCCGUACAAGAACCACUUAAAAGCCAUUCAAAACCUCUCUUCUACUGACUUGAAGCCUUCACCCAGCCUAAAGACCCAUCCAACUGGAAUCUCUCAGCCAAAUGGAAGUAAUGUUCCACAGAAUCUGACCGUUGGAGUGCCAAGAAUCCGUAAAGCCCCACUGAAUUUCCCAAUAGCGCAUCCAAAGCCAGAAUUCUACAACCCACACAUAAACUUAUUUUAGCUCUGCUAAAUAUUACUAUUAAGGCGUUUGGAAUUGUUCCUAAAAUAAUUUUAUGAAGCUUAUUAUUCAUUUCUCAAACAUUUAGUAGAAACUAAACCAGGCAAGAAACAGAUUGCCUGAGGAAAAAGUUGAGCGUUUUCAAUGUAUUUUAUAGACGAGGGGAAGAGAUACCUCUGAUAGAGAAAGUUAAGCCUACUUUAGCUCUGAGAGAUAGUGAUUGAUCAGAUUAAAUUUAAGCUCUCAUGCAUGAACCUCAUGUUUGGGACAAGCUACUUUGAAUUACUUUUGAGCUUUAGCUGGGUCAUUUCCCAGACCUAAAAGAAGCUUCCAAGUAAAAACAAUGUGCCCAAACACUGACCUCUUGCCUAGACACUUCCAUUCAAUCUAAUCAAACACUAUCACUCAGAUCCAAACUAGCCUUAAUUCCCUUCCCCUCACCUCUAAAACACCUCAAAAGCACUCAAUCUCUCCUAAAUCUCUACCAGCCCACUCCAUCUCCCAAUUCCUUCCAUCUCAUCCCACCCUCUCAGUACAAAUUCU